AUGCCAGCAUUACUGAUAGACGACGAGAUAUCGUCAGCAACCACUUCGUCGCCAACAUCUGCAACAUCAAUAUUGGACGGAUUUGAACGACCUCGAAAACCCAACCACCAAGGGUCGAUCAUGUCGAUUAUACGGACGCUAACACAUAGCGGUGCGUUCUCUCCAUGCACCGGAUGCUUGGUUUUCGAAAAGUCGCCCGAGCGGCAUCGCCUCUUCAAGAAGAUGUCCCUUCCUUUCCUUAGAGGCCAAUUUGGAGGAACUGUUACCGUGAUUCACCGUGUCAAAAAGAAAUCAAGGCCCUCCGUCCGUUCAAUAGAGAGAGCAGCAGAUAAGCUAUUGCCAGUGAGCGCUCCCGCCAUCUUGUCAGUAUCAGAUACAAAUAGCACUACAAAUUCAAGCGGUAAAUCCUCUGGCCCUACCAACGGUACCGGUACGACAGUGGCAACUUCAAUCGAGUCGAAGCUAUCUGGUAAAGAUAGCGAUCCAGUACAGCAGAGAUCGGCUAGCAUUGUACACCACAGAGAUCCUGACGCGAGCCCGACCAUGGUAGACCCUGGUCUGACUACGAUUCAAGAAAAGCCAAUAGACCCCCCGCCGCCUACCAUAUUGACUGUCGAGAGGACAGCGGCUGCCAAAAUAUACCUCGAGACAUACUUUAAUGACAAGCUUAGUAGGCCCUCUCCACGCUCCCUUCGCCGAAGGUACCUAGAAAGUGAGCUUUACCAUGGCCCGGGUCUAAGCCAAGCCGAGAAAGAUAUGAGACGGGCUCUCUUUUGCCAGCAGGAGACGAACCAUCUUCGCGAAACCCGAGUCCUAGCAGCCAGAAGUCUCGGUGCUAUAAGAUGUGAGCACGGCGAGCUAGCCGAUAAUUACGAGGUUCUCAAGAUACUUGGCAAGGGAAGCUUCGGCGUCGUCAGACUUGUACGUGAGAAACCAGGAAGAGACAGCCAUCCACGGAACAAUAGAGUCUACGCUAUGAAGGUGAUUCGUAAAUCAGCAAUGCUGAAGACGAGUCAAGAAGGGCACCUGCGGGCCGAGAGGGAUUUCCUCGUUGCUUCUGAGGGCUCUAGAUGGAUUGUCCCGCUUAUUGCGAGUUUUCAAGACGCUGGGAACCUCUAUCUCGUCAUGGAUUACAUGCCCGGCGGAGACUUCCUCGGCCUCCUCAUCCGUGAGAACAUCCUGAGCGAACCAGUUGCCAAGUUCUACAUCGCCGAGAUGAUCCUUUGCAUUGAGGAGGCACACUCGUUACGCUGCAUCCACCGUGACAUCAAGCCGGAUAAUUUCUUGAUUUCCUCUACGGGCCACCUGAAGAUAUCUGACUUUGGGCUAGCUUUUGACGGCCAUUGGUCCCACGACACUAGUUACUAUCAUACCCAGCGGUACAGUCUGUUGCACAAGCUGGGACUCGCCGUGGAAGGCGACGCGACCGACCGGGCAGAGGGUCUGCAAGGCACGAUGAAAUGGGCGCAGGGGGUAACGCAGGCCAUGCAGAAACAUGCGCCUCAACCAGCACCGCCAAACGCGACGUCGGCCGUUCGCGACGAGCCGCUACUCAACUGGCGUAAUCGAUGUGGCAACCGCAGCGCCGCCCGGUCCUGCGUGGGCACAAGCCAAUACAUGGCACCUGAAUGCCUUUACGGCCACACCCCCUUUCUUUCAGAGGAGGGCGGGCGGCAACAAACCAAACGGAACAUCGUGAACCAUGAGCAGACUUUCGCGUUCCCCCCACGUCCCGUCGUUUCAAGACGAUGUAUGGAUCUUAUCGCAAAUCUGGUAUGUGCGCGGGAAAAUCGUCUCUCGUCUAAACGCUACCAAGCCCGAGACGCAGGAUUCGAGCAGCACCAACAUCCAUUCAUGUCCUCCCCAGCCCGCUCCCGUGCGCGCCCGAAGGACAGAGAUGGUAGGGGCCGCUCAGUGUAUCCGCACGAUGCGGAAGACAUCAAGGCGCACAAGUGGUUCCGCGAUAUCCCCUGGGACCAGUUGUGCUUUAUCACGCCGCCAUUCGUGCCGCGCAUCGCCGGCGUCGACGACACGCAUUACUUUGACGAGGAGGAGCCCAUCUCGGAUUGGUCAGAUUCGGACAGCGAAGAUGACGAUGACGACACAGGCUCAGAAGCCAAGCUAGCCACCUUUCCGCGCCACCUACAAGGUUUGCUAGCACAAUUCGUCGCCACCCCGUACGACACGACGCGUCUGAAGCGUAUGGACCGAGAAAUCAACGCCUUGACGGCCACCGCCUCUGCUCCCUCUAACAACAAUAACGCCCCUCCGAUGGCGCAAGCACAGCCGCAGCAACAAGUGCAAUUCCAAGAAGUCGAGCUCGGCGACCAAAUGAAGGCGUUCAUCCGCACAUUUGGCCGGCGCGAGCGCAAGAGGCCGCGGGACCGCCUCCUCCGCGACCGCAAGACGAAGGCCACGGUGCUCAAAGUCCGCAAGCAGACGGCGUUCCUGGGGUACACGUAUCGUCGUGUUAUGGAUGGCGCUGAUGACGACGACGACGGGGAUGGUGUUCCUCAGCAUCGCAGUUGUAACAGUGUUGUUGUCAAUAAUGGAAAUGGCAAUACCCUGGAUGCUAACAUUGAUAACAAUAUAGUAUUGGUUCCGUCGACAUUGGAUGGAGUCGAGAAGAUGCCGAGUCCGAGGAUGUAUCUACACCCUGGCCUCGGUGGCGUAGAAGAACAACGCGAGUAA